UCCGCCGAGCGAAGAGAACGGCCACACCGUCGGAGACGAUGAACACUUCCACCAGAUUCCUCUCUCUCUUCUCUCCUCGUCCUCCGCCUCUCUUCCUCCUCAGCCGCGGCAUCUUCAACACCCGCGGCUUAACCAAUCUCCGCCGUCUCCACCGCCUACCGUCUCCUCAUUCCUCCGUCAGCUCUCCUCGUCACCGCCUAGCGUCUUCACCGCCGUUUAUCCACGCGACGACAACUCUCGGACGGUUCCACACUCACCGAGUCCGUCUCUCCUCCUCCGAUUCCGUCCCUUCUUAUCACCACCGGUUGCCUGAAUGGGGAGAGCUUCUCCAAUCUCUCACCGAAGCUGGUUACUUCGCAGAGUCUAGAUUAACUUCCGAAUCUCAAAACGAGUUCUUUCCUGGUUUUCCAGAUGAACUCGUCCCUCCAGCUCUCGCCUGCUUAGCUUUAGCUCGUGAUCGACCCGAGUUACUUGAAAUGGUUUCGAGGAGAGACGUUGAAGUGGUGGUGGAGAAUGUGAAGUCGUUAUUGUUCAGGACUGGUCCAGAUUCACUCAAAAGGAUGAGUCUUUAUUUAAGAAGUGGUCGUCAGGGCGUUGGGAAUAUACUGGAUGUGGAUAAGGCGAGUACGGUGGAUAUGAUGAGGCUUCUUUUGAGUUGUGUUGUGGAUUUUGCUUCUUCUGAGGGAAGCAAACACUAUGAGCAAGAGAUUGUGGAGUCUUCGGUUCGGAACCUUUUGGGUGAGAUAGCAAAGAUGAGCUUCCGAGCUUCUUCUGAGUCUAAUGUUCGUGGCGGCGCAAUGCAAAAUCAGUUCUCAGGUGGAAAUGGUCAGGCACUCGGUUCGUUUCAGAAAAACGUUGAGAUGAAACGAGGUGACUGGAUUUGCUCGAGGUGCAGUGGCUUGAACUUUGCGAGAAAUGUCAAAUGCUUCCAGUGUGAUGAAGCAAGACCAAUGAGACAGCUUACUGGUAGUGAAUGGGAGUGUCCCCAAUGCGAUUUCUACAAUUACGGGAGGAACAUAGCCUGCUUAAGAUGCGACUGCAAACGACCCGGAGACUUCUCAGCCAACUCCGCUCAUUCAAAGGAUCCUGAAAUCGAGAGAAGACUGGCGGAAAAUGAAGAGAAAGCACAGAGGUGGUUUAGUAAAGUAGCGCAGGGUGGUUAUGAUGCAAACAGUGUUGAUACAGAUGAAGAUUUUCCAGAGAUUAUGCCUUUGAGGAAAGGAGUGAACAGAUUUGUCGUUAACACGAGAAAGACACCUCUUGAGAGAAGGUUGUCUAGUGCUGAGACAGAUGGAACUAAAACGAAUAAGAGCCUGAAUGAGAUUCUUGGCUCUACAUCCUCUUUUGCUUCUCGGUCUGAUGAUAAGAAUGUUUCUUCCAGGAGGUUUGAAUCUUCUCAGGUAGUUAGCUCUGAUUUUGUCCCGUUCGUGUCACUACCGUCUGAUAUGUUUGCCAAGAAGCAUGAUAAGGAGGAAACACUGACCUCCAACAACCAAAUGGACAAUGUCUCAGACAAGUCAAGUGCAAGUCCUUUUGGUCAAGAGACAGAUGAAGUUAAUAAAGAUGAGAAAGAAUCAGAGGAGAAAUCUCCGAGAUGGUUAAAGAGGAUCACAGAACUGCACAGCGUGUCAGAUAUACAGGAAGAGACUUCUCCUGAGAAAAUGCCAAUGCGGAAAGGAGAGAAUCAGUUUGUGGUGAGCAGGAAGAAAGACCGUACACUGACUUCUCCAGCAAACAAGAGACGCGUCUCCAUCGAAACAAAAGACUCAGACUUCGUCCCUUUCGUCCCUUUCCCACCUGACUAUUUCGCCAAACACAAACAGCCGAAUGAAACAACAACAACAGCUGAUACUAUUCCAGCCGUCCCAGCUCCAAAAAACACUUCUCAGGUAGUACAAGAAAAGCCAAGAGAACCACCUUUAAGCAACAAUCCGGAACCAGUGGCAGGGAAGAUGAGAAAUGGAAAGAGCUUGGAGGGUUCGUUAGUGAAGGAGCCUGACUUGCUGGACAUGUCGGAGGAAGCUAAAGCGGAGAGAUGGUUUAAGCGAGUGGCAGAGAUCAAGAACAUAUCAGAGCUGAGUCAGAUCCCGGACGAAGACUUCCCGUCGAUAAUGCCAAUGAGGAAAGGAGUGAAUAGGUUUGUUGUCAGCAAGAGGAAGACUCCUUUGGAACGGCGUUUAGCUUCUCAACGCCAGCAGAGGAAUCCUCCUCCUCCGGUCACAGACUCUGAUCCAGCCGGUAGAGGGGAUACAUAAAUGACCUUGUACUUGUAGCAUAACAUUUUUUGCUGGAGUAAUAUACAUACUUAGUACUAUACUCAUUUUGUUUUGGGAGAAUUGGAAAAAAGAGACAUAUUAUUUUUUUUUUUGUCACUUUAAGACUUUUCAUACU